UGUACUGUUUUGUUUUGUAUGAUAAUCAUAAGAACCUUAUUGUUAUGAAGCGGAAUUUCCCAAAAUGGCGCCUGGUUGACCUACCGAAUCUUUCUAAGCAUGGCGGCUAAAAAGCCAACAAUAACACGGGUUCGUAUUGCCCGAGAAGAGUUGGAGAAAAUGACCAAAGAAGAUUUUCAGAAGUGCUGGAAUUUGCAAGAACAGUAUAUAGAUUAUUUAGAAAAUAAAUUAAAUAGUGGCAGCGAACAUACUGAACUUAUGAGCUUGAGGGAAUCUGAAGAGAAACUCAAACAACAACAGAUAGAAGCUACCAGAAGAGAAAACAUUUUAGUAAUGAGGCUUACUACAAAAGAACAAGAAAUGCAAGAAUAUGCUGGUCAAAUUCAAGAGCUGAAACAGGCACAGGUGCCUUCAAUUGCACAGUUACGAUCUGCAUUAUUGGAUCCAGCUGUUAAUCUCCUGUUUGAAAGAAUGAGAAAGGAAAUGGAUGCUCUUAAGGCCCGUCUUGAAGAGACACAAAAUGAACUCAACGCAUGGAAAUUCACUCCUGACAGGUGCGACAUGGACAAGUCUCUCCUGGAAUAUCAUAGUCUUCACGUACUCUUAUUACCCGCUCGAUAGACCUUAUUGAAACCCCGUGUACUUUGCCCGUUCGUAAUAACAUUCAGUGCCCUCAACGAGCUUGGGGAUGUCAGGCUGCUGGCAUCUGCGACUCUUCAAGCUUGUCAACUAUCAUCAUUAUUUUUUUGUUUUAAUCGGCACAGGAAUAACAUGCUGUUUGUAGCAACAACAUAUUUUUUGUUGUGUUUUGUCCAAGAAGCAAAAUUUUCAGUUCCCUCAAAAAGUAUGCUUUUAAGAAUGGUAGGAUGCGAAUGUUUUUGUUCAAUUUCAAAUUUACUCCAAACAUUCUUAUCGUGGAACAGCUUUUUGAAAAAAUAUACAUUUAUUGCUAUGGGUGUGGAAAACUUCAGUAAAAUACAUUUGUUACAAUUAGCUGAGUUAAAAUUCAUAGAUAUUUUUGUGUCUGAGGUUCAGUGCAAAAUGUAAUACGCAGUUUUUCAGUUGUGUCUAUAAUGUGUUUGUUACAAAAUUUUAUCUCUUUUGAGAAUAUAUGAAAUAUUUUUAGAAUGGUGGAAAAAUCAGUUCAUGGAAUAAGUAAAGAAAUCACUUUCAAAAUUAGUAGCAGAAUUUGAUUCUUUAACUUCAUGAAAAUGAAGGUAUGUUUGGGGUUUCUGUUACUGCUUCUUGAAACUGCUGACUGCCUUCUCAUGAUACGAAAACACUUUUAGCAUUUGCUAAUGCAUGGCUCACAAAGACAAACUGCAUCAGAAGAAUCUAAAUUUUCAAGAAACUCUCGGGAGUCUUUUAGACUUCUAAAGUAAGACGAUAAAAACUAUUUGUAGUGAAUAAUUUAAGUAAUAAAAACUUUUGUUAUGUACUUGGCAGGUAAGUAUGAGAUAAGAUUUUGCAGUUCAUCAUUUUAAUUUCUUCAUUGCAAAGUUCAGAUCUGUUUAAAAUGAAGUCUUGCAAUGUAGUUUCCAUGGAAAAAAAUUUUUUUUGCUAACACAUUUCUUAUUGGAAUGUUACAACAUUUACUGCACUCUAUUCUUACUGUACUGUAGCAUCGCCUGCUGUCUUCUGCUUUUUCUCUUCCGUAAUGUGUAUUGUUAAGUUUUAUUGAUAAACUGCCUGCUUUUGUGGGGUAUGUUAUUUUAAUGCAUUUUGUAAAGUUAAUAUUUUUUUUGUGUGUGUAUGUGCUUCUUUUCUUAUAGAAUGCGCUUUAAACAGAUAAUUCUACACAAAAUCUGAAGCUCUUAUUCUUAGUAAUUAGGAUUAAAAUAUUUUGGUUCAGUUUCAUAUUGUUAUUUGUUGGGUAGUAUUUAGUAUUUCAAACUAACUGAGAGUUUCUGAUUAUUUGCAAGCUAAAUUCCCCAAAAAUUUGCAUUUAUAGUUAUGAAUUCCUAAAGAUAUGCAGUUUUAGUUUUUAUAAAUGACUUUUUCAAGAAAAGUCUUAUAUUUAAUUUCUUAAGCUUUGUCUUAAAAAUUUGCUCAUGUGUUAAUGUCAGUGAUGUCGAAUUUUUAUGUAAUAUUUCUAAAUUCUCUGAAGAUACAUAAUUGAUAAUAAACCAUGAAUAUUCGCAAAGCCAGGCCACAGUGGGGUGUGUAUUUUAUUUGGCAGUAUUUAUAAGUUGCACUUUCAGAUACAUUUAAAAACCUAGCUUUAUUAUAAAAUUUUAGCAAAUAGAGUUUAAAAAUCAAGGCCCUAGUAAUUAAAUUAGCAAAUGCUUAUAAAAGACAAAAUCAUUUAGCCUUAAUAAUUAAAAGAUUCAUUUUUGGAAGAAUGUCUUAUCUCUGCUAAUGUAUCUGAACAUUAAAAAAUUGUGGCUUUGCCUUUCAGCAUGAUUUGUCAAAGUCCUUACUUAUGUUCUGUAUGCAUUUCUGUAAUGCAAUAUGAAUUUAAAAUUAUCUUUUUGCCUGUGUAUGAUGCACAGUUUUCCCUAUAAUUCUUUUUUUACUUACUUUCAACUUUAUUAUUUUCUGAUAUUCCUGUUGAUAGACUUAAAAUUUAUAUUUCAGUAGGUUAGGGAUACUUUUAGCAGAGAUUGGACAGAAUUUAAGGAACCUUUAUGGUAAAUUUAAGUAAUCAAAUACUUAAAAUUUAAGUAAUCAAAUACUUAAAUUUACCACAUAGGUCUAUUUAAGUAUUUGAUUACAAUUGUUAUAUUUAUGUAUAUAUUUGUAUUGAAAAUAAAAUUUUAAUUACUUCAUAUUCUGAGUGUUAAGUAUAGUGCUUUUAUUGAAAAAAAAAAUAAAUGUAGUAAUUAGUACAUUCCUUCCAAAAUAUCAUCUGGUACACAUUAAAAAACUAUAAUGUUAUGAAAGUUUUAUUUCUUGCAGUUAAUUGCUCUAAUUCUUAAUUGUAAUAUAUGGGUAUUUUAUUUUUAGCUGUGCUUAAGGAACUUUAAAUUCCUUACAGUAUAGUUAAAAAUAAUAAUAAAAAAAUGAUAGUAUAAACAGUAUUAAACAGUAUCAGAAAAUGAUAAACAGUAUUAAACAUUUAUUAGAAAACUUGUAUCUUGGACAACUUGUAAAUAGAUACAGCUUUUUUAUCUCUGUGUAGUUUAUGUAUUUUGAUAAAUAUCAAAGUGGAAUAUUUGCACUCAUUCAUUUGUUUACUAAAAUCACUCUGCUCUUUUACAAAAUAUUUUUAAUGUGUUUGCAUUUUGAUUAUAUUAAUUAAUUUGCACCAUACCAUAUACAACUUUAAUCAAUUUUAUCUAAAUAUAAGUGAGUUUUUUUUCCCUUCCCAAUUAAAUUUAAACUUUAAAUCAGAUAAGAUUUUAUGUUUGUGGUUGUACUGUCUGGUGUUCAGGUUCUUUAUUAUUAUUAAAGGAUUAUAAACAGGUAUUCCCCCCUUCAAUGUCACCUAUAAAUAAGAGAAAUUGAAUUAAAAACAAUUAAUUCAAUUAAUCUAUAUAAUAUUUACAUCCACACACAGGUUGAAGUAUUACUUUAAUUAAAAUCCUACCCUGUUAAAAAGUUGCCAUAGAUUUCUUUAGUUGCCAAUAAUAAUAUAAAAUAAUUAGUAUGAUAGAUGCUUUAUAUUUGGGAAGUAUUCUUAUUGAAAUUCGCUUUAUGAUUAUUAAAUUUUAUUUGUAGAUAAUAAAUAUCUUUGAACAGUGAAGUUAUUUGCUUUGUGAUCAUUUGUUCACUUGAAGAAUUCUGUGAUUCUCAUCCAAACAAAUUUGGAAAUUAUCAUUUGCAGUAAACAAGCCUGUGAAUCUAAGACAUAAUUACAUCAUUUUACAUGUAUUAUAAAGAAUAUUUACUUGUAGCAUUUUACAUGUAUUAUAAAGAGUCACUAGCUGGUAUUUUCCCAUAAGCAUCAGUCCAGCUUCCAAACAUUAAGCUUUUAAUGCGAAGCUGUUUGCAUGUUAUUCUUUUUAAAUAUUCGCCAUUCUGUCAAUGAACUUCAUCAUUUAUCAUUUCUAAAUGCACCAGUUAAAAAAGAAUAUGCUCCUAUAUCAAUGUUUGAAUGAAAGUGAGAGCCAACUGUUAUUAACAAUAUUUUAAUUUAAAAUAUUUUACAUGAAUAAUUCGAAAGAUACACAUUAUAAAAAGGAAUGCAUUAAAUUUUUUGAGUUAAAAUGUGUGCAACUAGUCCAUUUCAGAAAUAUACAUUAUGUCACUUUGAAGAUGUGUGUUAAGAUCCGAUUGCAUCAUGAAAUGUGAAUUUUUUUUUUAUGUAUGAUAUUAUUUUGUAUAUAUUUGUUUUGACUCAUAAAAAUUUUAAAUAUUUACUGAAAUUAUUUCAAACCUUGUUGAAUGCAUUUAUUAUGGGUUAUGCAUUUGGUAACUUAUGAUACUGACAUCAGUUUAAGAUUUACUUCAGUAUCAUUUUACAUAGUGAUAUGUAAGAGGCUAUUAUUAAAUAUACAUGUUCUAAAUUUUCAGAUAGUUGUCAUUAUUCAUAAAAAGUAUUUACAUUUUGUAUGUUAUUUUGUUCUACAGUAAAGUUCAUAUAUUUAUAAGAAUUAUUUAUUAUAAGUCUUAUUACUAUGUUUACAUAUGCAUAGGAGUUAUUAUUAUUUAAUACAGUGAUCUCCAAAAAUUUUUGAUAACAUACUUCUAAGACAAAUAAUUUGUAUCCCAUAUAAUAUUGUAUAAUGUAUAUAGUUAUUAUAUAAUUACAAAACAAUUUAAAAAACAAAAUAUAAAUAUGCCUAGUAUUUUCGUGCUUUAAACUGCAGAAAAUUAUCAUUAAAGUCUUAUUAUAUAUUUUAAUUGGUUAUAGUCAACACCAGCUUUAAAGCUGGCACUUUCAUAGCAUUGAGCUCUCCAGAUGCUAGUGCAACCAGACACAGUGAACAACGAGAGAAUUUUGCCCUCAUGUUACACACGAUCAAGCACUUGCCAAAUGAUCAUGAACUUACUUCUUUGUUAUAUCCCAAGUAUCAGCUUGGAGCCCACUGAUUUUAUGAAUGAGUUAAUCAUUUGUGCAUGAAUGACAAGCAUAAGCAUUGACAUUAAGUUAUGCAAGAUCAAAUUUCUGUGUAAACAUUUAACAGCAUAUAAAUAAUUUGUAUAUUUCCUACCUUUUAUUGACAAGUGACAGUUAUAAAAGCAAAAACAAGAAGAUUAUUUGGCAUUUUAUGUAUUCAUAAUACCACUUUAACAAAAUACAUACAUUGUUAAAGUGAUAUUUGAUUUAAAGAAAUUAAAUUUUAGCAAAGUCUACACUUUGUUAAAGGUAUAAAGGAAAUAUUUAAUUUUUUAGAUGAAUUGUAUUAUAAAUUAUGUUAACAUAUCUUAUGUAUUAAGAGUAUUGGUAGUAUAGAUAUUUAUAUUGUUACUACAGGAAAUUUUCUAAAUCGUUUAACUAUAGAUACUUAUUAUAGGAAGCUGGUCUAUAACAUACUUCAGUGGCAAAUUCAGUUUUGAAUGCGACUAUAGUGAGGAGUGUUUUUAUAAUUUUUUAUUCUAGUUACACUUAAUCCUCCUUCUAUAUGCAAUUCGGUUGAUAUCUGAUAUAUGUAAGAUCUAUAAAGAUGCUGCAAAUUUUUGAAUUUAGCUUGCAAGUAAAAUUUAUAAUCAAGUCUAUUGUUAUAUGUAAUUCUCUAGGUAACUGAGAUUUUUAAUUUGUAAAUGUAUGUGCUAAUGGUAAUGUAUGUGUUUGUUUGUGUAUGUGUAUUUAUAUUAUGCACAUACCAUAUAUUCUGGCAUAUAAUGUACACUUUUAAUACAACAUAUAACAUGAAAAGUUCAUCUUAGUCUUCUUCCAUUACAUCUUCAGGUAUAUCAUUGAAUUCUGUGUCAUCUUUACCCUCAUUGUUAGUCUUUAUUCAUAAAUAAAUCAUUAUCUUCCAUUCCACUUCACUUGCUAGAUAAAGUACAUUUUUUAAUUGACUUUUGAACUAUGAUGGGUUUAAUUUUAUUUUUUGCUUUGUAUUACACGCGGACACAUUAUUUCUAGACUGGCAUAAUGCAUAUGUCUUCCUUUUGUAAAUAUUUUUUCAUGUUCUAACAUCCAUGUAUUCUACUGUUUUUGAAUUUUCUUUGAAUGGUUAAUUGAUAAACACAUCUAAAGUCUGCACUAAUGGAAUUAAUCCACCUAAAUAACUGCCAUGACUGUAUGUUUGUCUCUUUACAACAAUUUCUUUGUAUUACCAUUAGGUAGGAUCUCAACAUGUAUGAAAAACUAAGACUUUCUGAAUUCUUUUAAGUCAACAGGAUGCUUUCGAAAACAUUUCUAAUUAUUUUCACACCGUUUUUGACCAUUCGUACUUUCUCGUGAACAUGAAUGAAAACAUGAUGUGGGAAAUUAUAUUUUACCAUUCUCUUUCUUUUAAAAAUAACCAUGGGUUUUAAUUUUGUAGUAUCCUCUACACAGGAGAGCACAGUGAUGAGGUGAGAUUUUUCUGCGAGUUUUUAUUUUUAUGUGAACCGUUUUUGUUCUUUUUCACAUCGUUUUAUUUCCUGCCAUAUCAAACAUUACUGGAAAUAUUUCCAGUAUGCGACAAUUUUUUUUUUUUUUUUUACUUUCGUAGGCCAGUAAUAUUCUGGAAACAGCAAUUUGUUAUAUAAAUCUUUUGCAAGCUUUUGUGAAACUUCUGUUUCUUCUCGUAGAACUAAUUUAUUCUGUGCCAUUAAUUGACUACACCAAUUCAAAGUUUCUUUACAGUUUUCACUUGCAUUUGCAAUCUUUUUUGCCCACUUUUAGGCUAAUAAGUAUAUACUGUUUCUUGUCAAAAUUAAUCCAUUCUGCCUAUUGUCUAGAACCCAAUUUGAUACACUUUUUUCUGGGAUAGACCAUUUCAUUGCUGCUUUACGCGAAGCACAGUUAUUCUUUACAUAAUAAUUAUUGUGAUUUCAUUUUUCUUCCACUUAAGUAUGAAGCUUUCACAAACAUCAGACAUACAUUUUCUUUCACAAAUUGAUUGACUUUGCAUUUAAAAUCACCGCUGUGUUGUUUGUUGUUUUCAGUAGAAGCCAUAUUUACUACUAAAAGAAAUAUAAGCUUAACAGCAUUUAAACUAAAGCAAAAUGCAGUUUACUAAAGCCUUCGAUAUUCACUUCAAAAUCAUGGCUUUCAAUUACUACAGAAAGAUAAAGCAUCUGACUUCCGAUUCUGCAAAUUCAUUCGCAUCAGAAGUGCAUUCAUACCCCAGUUAUUUCCCCUUCUCUUGAAACCUUAAAUUGACAUUCUCAUGCACAUGUACAUUGAAUGCAAUCCAUGCUGUCUGCAGAAUUAUAUACUUCUUCAAGCAUUUUCUCUACUCGCAUAUUGUCCCUCAUAUCGCUUGUCAUUUCAGUAAGCCAUUGUUGGAAAGCCUGGGAAAAGUCUUCAAAUGAAUUAUUUUGUAUAUAUUUGUUUUGCCUCAUAAAAAUUUUAAAUAUUUACUGAAAUUAUUUCAAACCUUGUUGAAUACAUUUGUUAUGGGUUAUGCAUUUGGUAACUUAUGAUACUCUCAUCAGUUUAAGAUUUACUUCAGUAUCAUUUUAUAUAGUGAUAUGUAAGAGGCUAUGAUUAAAUAUGUAUGUUCUAAAUGUUCAGAUAACAUAUGCAUUAUUUUUAUGACAAAAUCUUUCUCGGUCUGCACUAUCAAUAUGUUGCUUUUCCUUGCUUUUCAUAUUUUAUUUGUUUAAUUAAAGGUAUUAAAAUGAGUUUAUCAAAGUAAUAGCUAAUUAAAAAAGUGAAGCAGUAUGCAUUUUUUUAAUAAUUCUGUUUUUAAAUGGAUUGAUUGGGUAUGUGGUUUUGUUUACAAUGAACGUACUUAAAUAUUUAAAAAAAAUGUAGGUUGAAAUUAUAGGUGCAAGUUUUACACUGGUGCAUGUUAUAUAUCGGAAUAUAUGAUAUAUAUAUAUAUACACACACAAACACAAAUGUAUGCAUGCAUACUCAAGAGUCGAUUAAGUUUGUUUAUUUUCUGUUUAUUAUUAGGGAUAUAUGUUUAAUGAAAUGUACUUCCUCAUUUAUCUGAAAUCAUUGCACUUAUACAGUAGUGUCAAUAUUCUGAAACUGCUUUGCUGCAGGUAUUAUGAUUUAUAUUGUAGAGUAAAUAGGGAAUAAUGAACUGUUUUUGAAGUUGACAGGAAUUUUUUACUUUAUUUUGUGAGACUUGCAGCUGUUAAAUUAUAGCUUGAAAUUCUCGCAUAUUUGCUAGUACUUAUCAACAGUUUGAUGAGCAUAUUCUUAUUGAUAUCUGGGAACAAAGAAUGUUUAGACUUACCUGUCUCUCUGUUGUAAUGCAUAAUUUUUGUGGAAUAGAUCAUAAUAUGAAAUAUCAAUGAAUUAUAGGUUUGGAAAGGUAAUUUUAAGCUCUUUAUGAUACUCAUUGUGUUCUUGUUAUACAGAGUGAAAAGUGAAUUUUGCACUGGACAGAGGAAUAUAGUAGUAGUUUUAGUUGUUGUCGUUUAGAUAUUAGAAUCUCAUGAAGCUACUUAUAUGUAUAUUUUAAUAUUUUUGAUGAGUUCAAGUUACACACACUGUCUUACAAGCAGUUUCUGUUGUUUACAAAAGAAGCAGUCUUGAAAAUAGCAUUUUGGGGUCAUGGGUCUAUGCUGACCAAAAAAAUAAGCAACAUAAUUGAGGUUAAAGCAAGCAUAUACUUUCAUAGUUUAUUACUUCCAUUCCUUUCAGGAGUACUGAGUCCAUCUGUUAUCAUUAAAUUAAAAGAUAACUGUCUCCAAUUAACUAUCCUUUAAUUUGGUCAGGUAAGAGAAGAGGACCCCAUUAUCUGAGUUCAACUACUUUGUAGCCAUGGGUGUUUGCACUGAAACAAUAUUAAGGUCUGUUUUAUUGUGAUUUGAGAUGGUUAUGUCUGUCUCAGCUGAGUAAUUUUUUAUUUGGUCAAGGCAGUGGCUCUUUAGUGUGUAAUAAUGAAUUCAGUGUGCUUUUGUGAGCUAUUUUUUCAGUCUCUUUUAUACUUAUGAUUCAGAACUCUGUAUAUGCAUGCUGCUGAUAAUAAUUGAACUAUUGAAUUACAUUAAACGUCUAUAUUGUAUAUGUACAUAACUCAUCUUGAGGAGGGUAGUUUAAUGAGUGAAUGCAUUACUGUAUUAGAAAAAUCAAACAUAAAAAGUUUCUUUAUUAUGUCAGAUUUUAUUGAUAAUUCUUCAAACGGCAAACUUUAUUUCAAUAAAUAAAGCACGUUAGUUCAAGCUGAAAUUGCAAACUCUGUACACUUGGUUUGCAUUUACUUCCAGUAUUCUUCAGUGACUUCAAGCUUUUCAUACUUUCUGUUAAAAUCACUGGACUGAAUGAAUUUUCUCUUUUGGAAGCAUAAAUGUCAAGUAUCAUAAUAAAAAUUUAGACAGUUCUUUGA